AUGACAGAUGGGCACACAACUCGAAUUAAAGAAGCAAUAGACUUGGAAAUAAAAAUAAAAGGAAAAACAAUUAACCACCAAGUGUUAUAUCAUCCACAAAUCACGACUAUACUGAUCGGCAUGGACAUAUUGAACAGAAUAGGAGCCAAAAUAGAAUGGCCCAAAGAUAGUACCAAGCAAGAGGAACAAGGGCUGCCGCCUACAGCCGCCGAAGCUGCUACCGCUUGCACACAUGAGAAGCUGCGGCGUCAUUCCCCCGAGCUGCCACGCCUUGCCCUCACAAGGAGCCGCACCCUCAGUCAACCGAAGCUGCCACCGUCUCAGCCGACCAUAGCUGCCACCGCCUGCCCACACAAGGAGCCACCGCCUCAGCCGACCAGAGCUGCCACCGCCUGCCCACACAAGGAGCCACCGCCUCAGCCGACCAGAGCUGUCACCGCCUCAGCUGACCAGAGCUGCCACCGUCUGCCCACACAAGGAGCCACAGCAUCGGCCGACCGGAGUUGCCACCGCUUGCCCACACAAGGAGCUACGCUUCGGUCUGAGCCCACCAGAGCUGCUACCGCUUGCCCACACAAGGAGCUUCGGCCUGAGCCCACCAUAGCUGCUACCGCUUGCCCACACAAGGAGCUUCGGCCUGAGCCCACCAUAGCUGCUACCGCUUGCCCACACAAGGAGCUUCGGCCUGAGCCCACCAUAGCUGCUACCGCUUGCCCACACAAGGAGCUUCGGCCUGAGCCCACCAUAGCUGCUACCGCUUGCCCACACAAGGAGCUUCGGCCUGAGCCCACCAUAGCUGCUACCGCUUGCCCACACAAGGAGCUUCGGCCUGAGCCCACCAUAGCUGCUACCGCUUGCCCGCACAAGGAGCUUCGGCCUGAGCCAACCAGAGCUGCUACCGCUUGCCCACACAGGGGGCUUCGGCCUCAAUCCAACAGAGCUGCUACCGCUUGCCCACGCAAGGAGCUACGGCCUCAUCUCGAAACCGCCUCGUCACACGUGCAGUUCAGCGGCCCAUCUCGCUUCAGUUCAUUAAGGAAUGGGAUAGGAUAG